UUCCACGUCUGUAAAACGGUGUCGCAGUAGUACCCACCUUGAAGCGUGUAAGGGCUUAAAUGAGAAGUCUCCGCCCGGAAUACCUAGCAGAGAGCCUGGAGUGCAAAAAUAAAAGGCCCUUUACAAGUAGACUAGAGGGAAGUGAAAAAGCAUCUAAAGAUGAAGGCGUUUCAGACCAUCUGCCGGCAGUUCAGAAGUUCAAAGGGGUUUUCUGUAGAACCAACGACCCGUGUGGAUUUCUCCACUUCCUCUUAUUCCUGUAGCCGGAAGAAAAAAGUGAACCCUUAUGAAGAAGUGGACCAAGGAAGGUAUUCUGAUUUAGUACAGUCUGUCUUGUCAUCCAGAGGCCUUGCUCAGACUCCAGAAUCAUUGUUCGAGGAGGAUAAUUUACUGUAUGGACCUGUGAGUAAGUGUAAGCCCCCAAAGCAAGAUGAGGCGGCAAAAGUUCCAGGAAACUGGUGUCCUCUCUUCAAUCCAGAGAAAAGCAUGAAACCAAAUGCAACAAGUACUCCUACAAUUCCUUUGAGAAUCCCUUUGCAAAGAAACACGAUUCCAAGUGUGACCAAGGUCCUUCAACAGACCAUGACAUCAGAACAGAUUUUCUACUUGGAGAGGUGGAAACAGCGGAUGAUUCUGGAAUUGGGAGAAGAUGGCUUUGCAGAAUAUUCUUCAAACAUAUUUUUACAAGGGAAACGGUUCCAUAAAGCCUUGGAAAGCAUACUUUCACCCCAAGGAGACUUGAAAGAGAGAGAUGAGAAUCUUGAAUCUGGAUAUGUCGAAAGUGUCCAGCAUAUUCUGAAAGAUGUCAGUGGAGUGCGAGCUCUUGAAAGUGCUGUUCAACAUGAGACCUUAAAGUAUGUAGGUCUGCUGGACUGUGUGGCUGAGUAUCAGGGCAAGCUGUGUGUGAUUGAUUGGAAGACAUCGGAGAAACCAAAACCUUAUAUCCGAAAUACGUUUGACAACCCGCUGCAGGUUGUGGCCUAUGUUGGUGCCAUAAAUAAUGAUGCCAACUACAGCUUUCAGGUUCAGUGUGGCUUAAUUGUGGUUGCCUACAAGGAUGGAUCCCCUGCUCACCCCCAUUUCAUGGACACUGAGCUCUGUUCCCAGUACUGGGCCAAGUGGCUUCUUCGACUAGAAGAAUACACGAAGAAGGAAAAGAACCAGAAUAUUCAGAAACCAGAUUAGAGGACAGGACACUGUUUGGGAACAUUGAGUAGUUCCUCACAGUUUGGGAAGAUAUAUUGUUGUUUACUGUAGAGAUGUGACAGGAUCUAAGAACUUCAUUACACAAGUGGAAGUAUUUGUUGAAAUGUAGUACAGCCAAAAAGAUUGAAAAGCCAGAAGAGUUUAGAUUUUAAAGGUUGGACUUGAGCAUAUAAAAAAAAAGCACAAGGAAGUGAGGUCUGUCACUUAUCUGGAAAAGGGCAAGCAGGACUCACACAGCAUUGGUGUCCCUUGGACUCCCCCAGCAAACUUUCUGUUAUCCCAAGGAGGAUGCCCAGUCUUUGAAUUGAGAUUGGAGAGGGUGGGGCUUGGUGUGCAAGAAGUUCCCUCAGGGUACCCUGGGAGGGAAGGGGCCACACGCCCCCAGGCUAUGUGUGGGGUGGGGGGAACUUGCAUCAGCCAACUCCUACUGCCAGCGCAGCCUCCUAAAACUGGUUUUAUAUAUUGAAGUUUUCUUUUUUUUUUUUUUUUUUUUUAAUUUAUUUUUAAGACAGAGACAGAGCAUGAGCAGGGAAGGGGCAGAGAGAG